AUGGCAGGUCCAGGCAUACUUUCACGCUGGCCCACGCGUGCUACGAACCGUCGCACUCUCAGACAUUUCCAAGCAACUACAAGCCACUUCUUCACCCAAUCCUCACAGACGCAGAAUCAUCCGGCGCCAACGCCACUCCUCAAUGACCCCUCUGGAUUUGGCUUCAUCCGCUCAAAUCCUCGGACUCCCAAGCCCCGAUCUGCAGGCGUGACAGAGAUCCGUGGCCCUUAUUAUGCCGCUUAUGGACGGCACCAUCUGAAGGAUUUGUUGCAAACAAUGGGAACGCAUAUUGAUGGCCUUAAGUUUGCCGGGGGAAGUUUUAACUUAUUCCCAGAGAAGGAGUUGAGGGAGAUGAUAGACAUCAGUCAUGAGGGUGGUGUUUACGUGAGCACAGGCGGGUUUGUAGAACACCUUUUGACACAUCCCGACCCCCUCAACGUUGUUGAUAAGUAUUUUCGGAAAUGCAAGGACCUAGGCUUUGACGUCGUUGAGCUCUCGGCGGGGUUUCUCUCUUUCCCACCCGCUGACUGGCUCCGACUCAUUGAACUUGUCCAAUCCCACGGCCUCAAGCCAAAACCCGAGCUCGGAAUCCAAUUCGGUGCCGGGGGGGAUACCGAGGCUUCUGAGCUUAAAGCUACCGGAACUUCUGAUCCAACCAAGAUCAUCUCACUCGGGAAGCAAUUCAUCGAUGCCGGCGUGGAAAAGAUCAUGAUCGAGAGCGAGGGUAUCACUGAGAACGUAACGAACUGGCGGACAGAUGUAAUUCAGAAGAUAUUGAGCGACUUGCCCAUGGAAAAGUUGAUGUUCGAGGCAGCCGAACCCAAGGUGUUUAACUGGUAUGUAAGGGAGUUUGGAGUCGACAUUAAUUUAUUUGUAGAUCAUAGUCAGAUUGUACAGUUGACGUGUUUGAGAACGGGCAUUUGGGGCAUGGCUGAUACAUUUGGAAGAAUUGCGAGUUUUAGGAAAUAA